CCCCACCACUUUCCGAUGGCCGGAUCACAUCAUUAUUGAGAAAACCUAGCUAAGCUUGAACGAAGUAACUUCAGCCAGCUAGUAGUAGAUUCUAAGAGAAUAGUAAUUACAAUAUAAUAUUCAUUCAUAUAGACCAAGAGAAUCUACAGAUACAUAGGCGCAAAAUGACAUCCCAAGUACCAGAAGCUUUACGCAACGUGAAAGCCUUAACCUUCGAUGUCUUCGGCACGGUCGUCGACCACCGCACGACCGUAUGCCAAGAACUAAUCAAGCGGGCCCGGGAAAAGAUAGAAUCGCCCGCCUACAGCUCGCUCCCAGAACAAUCGCAGACUCGCCUAGAAGCUAUGACCGAGGACGACUGGGCUAAAUUUGGACAAGAAUGGAGGUACAGCUACUAUGUAUUCACGCGCUCAUUUGUACCGGGCGAAUCAGAAUGGAAAGACAUCGAUACGCACCACUACGAUGCGCUGCAUGUCUUACUACGGAACUGGGGCCUCACCGGUAUCUACGCGGAAGACGAGGUGCGGUUGCUAAGUCGAGUUUGGCAUAACCUCAAACCGUGGGACGAUUCCGCGGCAGGCAUCCAGCUGUUGGGGACUCGACUCGUCACAUCCACGCUGUCGAAUGGGAACCACGAGAUACUCCAGGAUCUCAACGCAUACGGAGAUCUCGGCUUCCGGGAGAUAAUCUCCACGGCCGAUUUUGGCGCGUACAAGCCGCAUCCGAGCACGUACCUGGGGGCUGCCGAGGCCCUUGGGCUUCGGCCCGAGGAGGUGGCCAUGGUCGCGGCUCAUUUAGGGGACCUUGCUGCUGCACGGUCGAACGGUCUUAGAACGAUCUAUGUCGAGCGGCCCCAGGAAGAAGCGUGGGGUUCCGAUGACCCACGUUACAAGGAAGCUUGUGGAUGGGUUGAUAUCUGGGUUGCUGAAGGCGAGGGCGGGUUUCUCGAAGUAGCUAGGAGACUCGGCAUAUCCGAGUGAAGUACGUGUUACUCCGCGGGAUCUCCUCGAUCUUAGUAUGAACGAAGGAUUCGAGAUCCGUGCUAUCCUUCGUGGGUGUAUUAUUCAUUAGCAAUUCGAAUGGUAGGUGACGUAUCAUGUAAAAAAAUGAUGAGGGAAGGGUUGAUAAACGUAACCAACAUUCGCGUAAGGAUA